AUGGCGUCAUAUCAAUUUGAGUCCUUCCAUGUUCGUUUCACAAGAAAAAAUUACUCUGCCUGGGAAUUUCAAUUCCAACUAUUUGUCAUCGGAAAAGAAUUAUUAGGACAUAUAGAUAGAAGCGAUCCUACUCCUACUGAUCCUACAAAGCUCGGUCAAUGGAAGGUUAAAGAUGCUCGGGUAAUGACAUGGAUUUUAGGGUCAAUUGACCCUCUUAUUGUUCUUAAUCUCAGGCCAUACAAGAUAGCAAAGGCCAUGUGGGAUUAUUUACUAAAGGUUUACAACCAAGACCAUAGCGUAAGACACUUUCAGUUAGAACAUGAAUUUGCUAUGUAUUCUCAAGGAGAUCUCUCUGUUCAAGAUUAUUUCUCUAGAUUUCAGAACUUAUGGGCUGAAUUUACCGAUAGUGUUUAUACUAAAAUACCUUCUAAAUCUCUCUCCAUCAUUCAAGGAGUUCAUGAACAAAGCAAGCGAGAUCAAUUUUUGAUGAAAUUACGAUCUGAUUUUGAAAAUGUUCGCUCCAACUUGAUGAACCGUGAUCCAUCUCCCUCGUUGGAGGUUUGUUUUAGGGAGUUACUUCGUGAAGAGCAGCGUCGCUUCACACAAAAUGCUUUUCAUCAAGGAAAUGUUGUCACUGUCGCAUUUGCAGCUCAAGGGAAAGGAAAGGGCAUGGAUAUGACUAGAACUCAAUGCUACAAUUGCAAGAAAUAUGGUCAUAUUGCUAGCAAUUGUGGCAAGAAGUUUUGUAAUUAUUGUAAACAACAAGGACACAUUAUCAAAGAGUGUCCCACACGUCCUCAAAACCGUAGGGUAAAUGCUUUUCAAGUUGAGAUAUAUGGUUCAACUACAGAUAACUCGUCUUCAGUAGGACAAGUUCUUACUCCUGAAAUGGUCCAACAAAUGAUCUUGCCAGCAUUUUCAGCUUUGGGGCUGCAAGGUAAUAAGGAUCAAGUGUCGGGGACGAUAAUCACGAAGGGGCCUAAAGUUGGAAGAUUGUUUCCUAUACACUUUUCUAUUCCUCGUGUUCUAGCUUUUGCUUCCACCACUACUAAGAAUGAGGUUUGGCAUAAACGUCUAGGACAUCCAAAUUCAAUUGUGUUGUCUCAUUUGUCCAAUUCUGGUUUAUUGGGAAAUAAAAAUCAAUUUUCAGUUGCUUCCUUUAAUUGUUCUACUUGUAAAUUAGGCAAAAGUAAAACUCUUUCUUUUCCUAAUUUUGGUAGUCGUGCUGCAAAGUGUUUUGAUGUCAUUCAUAGUGAUGUUUGGGGCAUUUCACCAGUUAUUUCUCAUGCUCAUUUCAAGUAUUUUGUGACAUUUAUAGAUGACUAUAGUCGGUUUACAUGGGUGUAUUUUCUUCGAUCUAAAUCUGAAGUGUUUUCCAUAUUCAAGAAAUUUUUGGCUUACGUUGAGACUCAAUUUUCCACAUGCAUCAAACUAUUAAGAUCUGAUUCUGGUGGAGAAUAUAUGUCUCAUGAAUUCAAUAAUUUCUUGCUUGAGAAAGGAAUUGUAUCACAACGCUCUUGCCCAUAUACGCAACAACAAAAUGGGGUUGCUGAGUGUAAAAAUCGUCAUCUUUUAGAUGUCACUCGUACUUUAUUGAUUGAGUCUUCUGUUCCAUCUAAAUAUUGGGUUGAAGCUUUGUCUACUGUUGUUUAUUAG